AAGACUGCAGACAGUGGGGCUUUGCCUUUUACUGCAUACUGCAGCUCAACACCAAAAUCCCAAAAGCCACACACAGGGAAACGAUUAUCAGUAUUUUAGAAUACUGUGUGAUGCCCAGUUGGCUAUGCUUAGAGUCGCCAAGGAACACUCAACCCUUGUCUAGCUGCAGUGGCCUUGGCACUGAGUAGAGGGGGAGGAGACUGAGCCUUUCGGGAAGAGGAGCUGUAGCACGCACUCAGUGAGAUCACAUCCUUACAUGCAUUGCUCUUGCCAGCGAGUCGACAGUAAGUUCUUCAGUCAACCUUCCCAAGAUUUCAGAUUUAUGGAGCUCGUUUUGGACAGAAGACGUGUUAUAAUAGGAAGCCGUUUCGUUUCAGUUUUAAUGACUGCCCUUUCCCGCAAUGUAAUCAUGACAACCUCUUGAGGAAUCUUCCAUCUUUUGUGAGAUCACGUUUUGCUUUUUUCUUGUGGGAUCUAUUCUCGGAGUUCCACUGCGAUCGGGCGCAUAAAACCAGUCACAAUGUGGGGCAGAAACGAAUUUGAGGAUGGGUUCGAUACCUUUAAAACGGGUUCCAACACCAGCCCUCCUGGAUGGGUCCCGGGGUGUGAGUCGUCAUGGCAGGGUACCUCCUCUGCCCCCGGUACCAGUAACCGUGGGAGACGCCACAGCGGUGCCUCUGACAGCGGUGACACAGGCAUUGGCACAUCCUGCUCCGACAGUGUGGAAGACCACUCCAGCUCCAGCACCACCUUGUCCUUCCAGCCGCUGCGCUCCCAAGGUGCCCUCCCCACGGCCCACGUCAUGCCCUCGCCCUCCACCGGCCCCAAGCUCAGCACAGUGCCCUCCCCUGGGAGCAACCCCUGGUCUUCCUGCCAGCUGCCCUCGCCCCUCGACAGCCCCCUGGACAUGAAGGACCCCCGGCCUGUCCGACGUUGGUCCUCCCUCACCCGCCUCAGCCCCCAGGAGAAGACCAUCCCCGGGGGUCGGGCCACGUACCGCUCUGACCCCCAUGGCUCCCUGGACAGAGGGGUGCUCUACGGUUACAGACAUGACCCUCUGGGCCCCACGGACCCCUACCUAUCCCACCUGCACUCCCCAGGGGCCGAGGCCAGGUACAAGUACCCCCUGAGUACUAAGACAGACUCUCACUCUGCCUGCUCGUCCCCACUCAAACCCAACACCUUAGACCUGACCUACAGUGCCUUACCGGAGACCAAGCACCCUGGCGUCGGGCUGACGGUACCCAGCCAGAGGGGCCUACCACUGGGCCACCAGACAGUAGGAGGGUCCCCCAUCCAGCCAGCAGUGAGGACCCAGAUGUGGCUGAGUGAGCAGAUGGAGUACCGGCCCCCCGGCCCCGGGCCAGAGCUGUGUGGGGCCCUGUCGUCCUGGCAACAGGAGCAGCAGCAGAGGGAGAGGCUACGGCAAGAGGCCGAGCUCAACCAGAUGCUGGGCGGAGCCUCCCUUCCUGUGAACACGCUGGUGAAGAUCAAAGAGGGCCUUCUGCGACAGAGAGAGCUGGAGAUUGACAGACAGAAGCAGCAGAUCCUACAGCUCCACGCUCGGAUCAGGGAGAACGAGCUGAAAGCGCAACAGGUCCUCCAGAGCCAGAAGGGGCGCUGUGACGACCCCUGUCUACUCAAAGCUAAGGAGUCUCCGUAUGACAGCCCAGUGGCUCAGUCACACCCCCAGCUACAUCUGCAGCUCCACCCCCAGCACCAGCUCCAGGUCCCAGACAGGAUGAGCCCUCUGUGCUGUGACAACGGGGAGCUGGGCCGUAAGCUGGCUGCUGCAGAGCUGGAGGUCAUCCACCUCAACGAGUUCCUCAAACAGAACACCCAGAAAUACACAGAGGACAUCAAGAAGCUGGAGGAUAAGAUGAAGACGCGUGACCGCUACAUCAACAGCCUGAAGAAGAAGUGUCAGCGGGAGAGUGAGCAGAACCAGGAGAAGCAGCAGAGGAUAGAAACCCUGGAGAAGUACCUGGCUGACCUGCCUUCCCUGGAUGAGGUCCAGACUCAGGCCCAGCAGCUGGAGGAGAGUCAGGGGAAGGCCCAGGGCCUACAGGACACAGUGGCUCGUCUGGAGAAAAACCUGGAGGAAGGCCGCACCGUGCUGCAGGAGAAAGAGGACCUGAUUGAGACCCAGUGCAAGAGGGAGAAGGAGCUGGUGGCUGCUGUGCAGAGCCUGCAGGAGAAGGUGGAGCAGUGUCUUGAGGACGGCGUCCGGCUCCCCAUGCUGGACCUAAAGCAGCUGGAGGUAGAGAACGCAAGACUACAGGAACAGCAAGCCACCACCAGCAAGCUGAUAGACAAUCAGAAGAACCAGAUAGAAAAACUCACCCUUGAGCUGACGGCUGUAGAGCAGAGGCUGCAGAAGGAGCGAUGUCUCUCCCAAGAGCUCCAGCAACAGCUGCAGGAGAAGGACGAGGCCCUGGAUGCCUUUUCCUGCACCCUCCACCAGAACCGAAGGCAGGUGGAGGAGGGCGUGGUGGUGCGUCAGGGCAGCGGGGGCCAAGGGCCCGAAGCGGGGCCCUUACUUAAGGAGAUGUCCCUGUGUUUGCUGGACCUCAAGGCCCUCUGUAGUAUUCUCACCCAGAGGGCCCAGGGCAAGGAGCCUAACCUGGCACUGCUACUGGGCAUCAAAUCGAUGAGCAUGUCAGGGGAGGAGAAUGACAACUCCCUGGUGGAGGACAACUUGCGGGCCAAGCUGCUGGAGGUUGGCCAGCUGAGGAAGGACAUUGACGACCUGCGCACUGCCAUCUCCGACCGCUACGCACAGGACAUGGGCGACAACUGUGUGACGCAAUGACAAUGACACACCCGCCAUGAGGGAUCCUGACCGCUCCUCUUCUCUCGUCACUGCACAGCGUCAGCAUGCCCACCUCCUUCUCCCUCUCCCCAGGGCUACUGUUUCACAGCCAGUGAGGACAGGACGAAUCCUGAUUGGAGGAAACCCAGGAAGAACAGUGUUAAAAAAAAGGGAAUAAUAAACCUGGUACAGUGUGAAGCGGCCGUGAGGUUUUAUUCAGUUCUACGUGAUGGAGGUAUCUAUCGCCAGUGUUCUGAACGUAGGACCAAGCUGUGAAUCAAGUUUACAAGGAACAGUCUUUUUUUAAAAUAGGAUGUUUUGAUUUUUCAAUUGUUGAUCGUGCUUCCUGUGUACUAGAAAGAAUUCCAACAUGACCAUGUACAUUGCUUCAUGCGCAUAGACUUAUUUAAACCUGGAGACCCCUACCCUCACAGAUGCACAGAAGGUAGUAGGAGUGUGUGAGUGUAUGCGUGUGUGUUGGUGUGUAUUUGGCCCCUCCGACACAAUCACCAGCCAGUAGGAAAAUGACUCUCACUGCUGCUCUGUCAAGUGCCUCUGUGUGACAGCUUCUCCAGCAAUCAGCUGUCCCCUUCCUAAGUUGUCUCCAACGGCAACCAAUGGCUCCCCUCUCACACAUCAUCUCCACAACGCGUGUCGUCCAAAGACAUUGUCCCCAAACGCCCCUCUCUCUCAGCUGCUGCCCGUAGUCGCAGGUCGACACUGCAUAGUGGCACUUCUUCCUUUCACAACAUAUCCACGCCAUUGUGGUGUUUCCGGUUCCUUUUUAAUAUGGGAGUUUCUUCUGUGUGAGUUCAGCGAUGUGAAUAGCACUCCCAGACUGGUUAUUAGGAUAGCUGUGUUGAUACGCAAAUGAUAGCAUGGCAAUUAUACCCUCAGUUAUAUUAUUGGCGGUUGUUGUAUUGUUGUUGAAUAUCUUAAGCAAUAUAUUAGCCCAUCAGGUAAUAUUCAGGUGUCUUUCUAACCAAAUUAAAUUCAGGAAUUGUUUUUCGAAGUUAGGAAUCUCCAUGGUAAGGUCAUGGCUCAGUACCGUGUCCUCUGAGUUCCAUAGACACCUAUUUGAUUAAGACAGUAAAACAAAUGCAAAAACAACCGAGGGCAAAAUUGACAAGGCACUUCUACAGUCUAGGCCUUCAGAACAUUACCCACUGGGAUUUGACUGAGCUUAGUAUCCAUCCAGUCAGUCAAUAUAGGAGCACGUAAUACGUCAAGGUUACUGACCACUCUACUCCUCCAAACCUCUUCCACACAGUAGAGGGGACUCUUUAGUCUAUUGGAUUCAUGGUGUGAUCGUUGGUUCACAUUCUCCUGUUUUACUUAAUUGAUUGUUUGCCGUCGUUCCCACUAUUUGUCCUAGGAACACUCCUCGUGCUUGAUCUUUAACUCAAUGGGAAGUGAAUUGACUGUUUGCUACAAAGUGAUGAACGUUAUUAUACAUGUUAUUUUAAAAACGAUCUACAGAUACUGUCAUUCUGCCUGGUAAUAAGUUGGUCAAAUUUACAGUAUCCAUUUUCAGCGCUUAAUUUAUUGCAUGUUUCGAAGUGACAUGUUUUAAUGUGGACUUAAGUCAGUGUUGUGUGCGAAGAACAAUUUGCAUGGGUAGGGUAUCCUAUUCUACUGUUGUAUUACCGCUCUUAAAAAGCAAACGUGUACAGUAUGAGCUAUGUUUAGAAAUGUUUUGGUAGGCUAUAAGAUAUGGAACAAAUGUUUUGACUAUGUUCCAGUCGAGCCGACAUAUGCAGUCUCACGAACGCUGAACCGCAGUCUAGCGUGAUUGUAAUUUAAAAGCAAUGUUUCUGCAUUCACGGUAAACCCUGCAUACGUUGGCUCAAUCGGAAAUGGCUUUUACAUUUCAGCCGUACUAUACUGCCGAUCUGCCACGAUACCGAUUUAAUCUAGCCCUAAGUGGUACAUGGAAACUGUAAAAUACUAUGCAAUGUCCCAUGCACCAGCCAGCGCCUCACAUUGAGUUAUCAGCAGCAGAUAUGAGAUAUUGUUCUUCUGUGCCUUUACAAAUCUAUGCAGCAGAUAAGAGCUCCUGUAUGUUCCUCCCUAUUGACAUGAAUCGUGUCUGGAGACAUGUAACUAUUCUGCAUGUAUGCAUCCAAUGUAAAUAGGACUCUCUGACAAUGUAUGGUUACCAUCUUACAUUGUACUGUCUGUAUGUUGACAAAGAUGUUGCUAAGCAAUAGCCACAAACAAUGCAUACAUAUCCACUCAGGUAAAUAAAGACCAUAGCAGGCUCUUGUGAAACCUGGAGAAGAAUGUACUCGGAUGCACAGAACGGUGAGGCACUGUAAGUAUAGCAUCCAUUGUGACGGUGUAAGUCUAUGGUGAGACUGGCGUUGGUCGACUCAUCCAAAAGGGAAAGGUGUGGUUGUCAUGGCUGUCUCUCUGUGCACUGUGGACUGUGAGCCACUGGUUGGCUUUAUUGUACGUAGGAUUAUUUCUGUGGUUUAUACAUGUUUUAAGCUUUUAGUUUUGCAGCUAGAUUUUAUGAAUGCCAAAGGUCUAUUUAUAUACGAUGUUCCUAAAUGUAUUAACAAGUAUUUUUCCAUUUGAUAUGUUAUUUGUACAGAUUGCAAAUACAAUAUUUUUCUAUAACUGUU